CCGCUCGAAGGGUGGCGCAAAGGCAUGGUCGAGAAACUUUUGAGUGAUAGAGAUUACCGUAAACGUUUGAAUAUUUGUUAUUUAACAAAUAUUUGUCUAAUAAUUUCUUAUUUAAGAGUCAUUAAAUAUGUAAUAAAAUUUGAACUUUAGACUUUAGACCGGAGUAUGUAUACAGCUAUUGCUGGGAAAAAUUAAUGUAAAAAUGUGAAAAUAUAAAAAGAUUCUACAUUUUUUCAGUGAAUUUCAAACACGAGGUUCAAGUGUUUGUACAUAUUUUAUAGUGCAUUGCGUAGUGAGAAUUACAGAAGCGACUAAACUUACUAAGAAAUCCUUAUUGGCCACAGCCUAGUGAAUUUGGUCAUUUUGACAUGCGUCAUUUCUAUAAGAGUCACUAGUGUUUAGGUUGGUUUAGGUUUUCUGCUUGCAUCCAUUUGCAGACGCACGUGUUUACCGUCGCGCGUGGUUUAGCUUUUCAUAAGUGACUGAUAAAUAGAUCCCGAUUUAUUUAAAACAAUAAAUUUAUUCUCUCUCUCUGAAUAUCAGAUAUAACAAUGAGCAGAGUUAAUCUCAAAGAAGCUUUCGAAGUAGAAAGCAAACAUGGAGCGUUUUAUACCGGUGGAGAUAUACAGUGGAGUGCAGACGGAGAAUACUUAUUCUGUCAAAGAAAUAAUACUGUCUCUGUACUAUCGCUAAGCAAAGGCUCUGUAAUAUCAUCGUUAGGUGAAGUGGAUAGUAACGUAGAAACGGAUACAAUAAAUUGUUUUACUCUUAUUGACGAUGACAAUAUAAUCUCCCAUCACAAAAGUGGAUUAUUCAAAUCAUGGGAUUGGAAAGCUAAUAAAUUGACAAAAUUAUGGAAAUCGAUCCAUAAAGGACCUGUAGUUCAAAUAGUUCAUUCAGGAAAUUUACUGGCAUCUGGUGGCAGUGAUGGUUCUAUCAGGUUAUGGAACUUGCAGCAUCACGCUUGCACACAUAAUCUCAAAGGAGUGCAAGGAGUAAUUAGUACAUUGAAAUUUCAUCCAGAUACUGAGAAGAAACUUAUUUUUGGUGCUGGCGAUGACACAAAGAUUCAUGGUUGGGAUACCGUUACUGGCCAAGAAAAAGUUACUCUCUCUGGACACUUUAGUAAAGUUACAUCGCUUAACUUUCACGAAAAUGGAAAUUACUUGAUUAGUUCGGGGAGAGACAGAGUACUGAUCUUGUGGGACAUCCCAUCUGGAACAUCGGUACGCGUUCUGCCAGUCUACGAAGGAAUAGAAGGAGCGUUCAUGAUAUCUGUUAAUAAUUUACCAGCGUUUGUCAAUGUUCGUAAAAAGGAUGGUGUAUACGUUGCCUCGGCUGGUGAGAAAGGUACCGUCAAAAUCUGGGAAAUGAAGACAGGCAGGCAGAUCUACGAGCAAGACAACUCCUUGGUUCCACCGGCUAAAGAAGAGGGAAGUUUAUCGAUCACAUAUUUACUCUACAACAGCACCCAUAACGCCUUUGCGGUGGUAUCCGUCGAUCACAACAUCAUCAUUUAUUCAUUAGAGUUGUUCGAGUGCAGAAAGCAGUUGGUGGGUUACAGUGACGAGAUUUUGGACGUUGCGUAUCUGGGAGCUAACGACAGUCACAUCGCACUUGCGACCAACAGUUGCGACAUAAAACUUUACGAAAUCGCCACUAUGAAUUGUCAGUUGUUGUGCGGCCAUACCGAUAGCGUUCUGGCUCUCGCGACGAGCCCAGCGAAUGUAAAUCUGCUCGUGUCUUCAUCCAAGGACAACAGUGUUCGCGUAUGGCUGCUGGACAAGAAAACAUCAGGAAUGUCUUGCAUCGGACAUGCUGUUCGACACACAGCACCUAUCAGUUCUGUUGCUAUAUCUCAAAUGUCGACCAAAUUCUUUGCCACCGUCGCUCAAGAUUCGUGCCUGAAGUUGUGGGAACUGUCGGACGACCUCGAGUCAUGCGAUCAAAAGUUACCGUUAAACUCGACGCACGUAACAGCGGCCCAUGAACAAGAGAUAAAUUGCGUGACCAUUUCACCGCGCGAUAACUUUAUCGCCACGGCAUCACAGGACAAGACUGCUAUGUUGUGGCGUGCCGAUAAUUUGCAAUUACACGGUACGUUACGCGGUCAUCGGAGAGGCGUGUGGUGCGUGCGGUUCUCGCCGGUCGAUCAAGUGCUCUUAACGACGUCCGCCGAUUGCACGUUGAGACUGUGGUCCGUGACGGAACUCAACUGUCUGAAGACGUUCGAAGGGCACGAGUCCUCUGUUCUAAGAGGAGAAUUUCUGUCUGGUGGCAUGCAGCUGAUCACGUCGGGCGGAGAUGGUCUCCUAAAAUUGUGGAACAUUAAAACGUCCGAGUGCAUGUCCACUUUGGACCAACACGAAAGUCACGUUUGGGCGCUUGCAGUUACCAAGGAUCAACAACAUAUCAUCAGUGGUGGUAGCGAUUCAUUGUUAAUAAUCUGGAAAGACGUAACGGAAGAGAGAAAAGCACGGAUCACAUUGGAAAAGGAGCAGCUUGCGCUCGAAGAGCAAAAACUGGCCAAUUUACUGAAAGCUGAUGAGCUUCAGGCCGCGUUACGAUUGGCUCUAAAAUUGGAGCGGCCGCUACAAGUCCUCAAGAUUGUAGAAGCUAUACUAAAGAGGGGAAACGAUAAUUUCGUAGAAAUAAUAAAGGAAUUGAAACCAGUUCGCAAAGAGGCGUUACUAAGGUGUGCUGUUACAUGGAACAUGAAUAGCCGAAAUUCACACAUCGCUCAGAUAGUUAUCAAUUCCUUAAUAACAGAGAUCGGUACACAGGAACUGCAGAUGUCAGGUUUAUCUUCCACUCUCGAAGCUAUGCUACCUUACACCGACAGGCACUUCAAAAGGUUAACGAAACUUUUACAGGAUCUCCACUUGUUAACGUAUACUAUUAAUCGCAUGAAACCCGACAUCGUAUCAAUUGGUACUAAAUGAUAAUAUAUACUGUGUAUAUAUUAUUGCAUAUUUUAUUAUAUCAUGAUACGUAAACAUGUGUAAAUAAAUUGUACAGAUGAUCUUACAUUUAACUUUUAUUUUAUACAAUUUUGUUCACUAAAUUUACUAAACCAUUAC